AUUCUGGUCUCUUGUCCGGCUUCAAUCUCCAUGUGAUAGGGAAACUGAGCUCUGGAAACAAGGAAGCAAAACCCUAACUUCAGCACAGUAGCAUCGGAAGCAACGCAAAUAUGGCUUUGGCAAUCUCGAAUGCCUUUCACUGCACCAAACCCCGAAUUCCGCAAGGCAAUUUGAACCUGAGAAGUACAGUUACGAGAUUGCAGCCCUCCUUCGUUAGGUUCUCUUCUAGAGCUCCAUGGACUGGAAGACUUGUUUGCUCGGCUGCUUCUGCUGCGGGGAGCUCUAGCCCAGACAGUGAUUUGAAUCCAUAUGAGGUCCUUGGUGUUAACCCCCUUGCUGGGUUUGAUGCUGUCAAGUUAGCUCAUAAGAAAAAGCGCAAGGAGGCAGAGAGUGUGGGUGAUGAAUCCACUGUUGCCCAGCUUGACAAGGCAUAUGAUAAGCUGAUGAUGGCACAGCUGAAAAAUCGAAAGGAGGGUGUGACAUAUGGUUCCUUCAAGGUCUCAAAGGACAUUAAAUAUGCUGAUAAGCAGCCUAUCGUGCCAUGGGGACCGAGGUUUACCAAGUCAAGCCAGACUGAUUUGCAGAUCAACUUGGCGAUAUCUGCUGUAUUUGUAAGUAGCAAAGUCAGUUAUUCUGUUCUGACAGUCUUUUUAUUGCAGACAGCUUGGAUUCUGUUCAAACGCAGUGCUGAAUACAAGCCUUUGCAGUUUCUGACUUUUGCAUUUGUAUACCGCGUUUUUGAGAAGUUAAAGUCCUAUGAACCAUCUGUAUCACCAACCCUUACAGAAGAGGGUGUGGACGAUGGCAGAGCACUAAGAAUGGGAAAGCGGCUUCUCCGAUCUCUUGCACUAGUUUUUGGCUGCAUUGCUUUUGCUUCUCUGGCUUACACUGGGGUCUUGAAUUUGAUCGAGUACGCGGGUGGUUUCAUACCUGUAUUCCUAUACAACAAUCAGGAAUUGAUAAUCACUGCUUCAUCAGCAAUCUCUUUAUACAUUUUGGCUUCGUAUUAUCGAUGAUGCAUCAGCAGAAAGAGCUGCAGGAGCUGUCUACUACAAACAGCAAAUUUGUUAGGGUUGAAUGUCUGAUUAAGUGGGGCUGGUAGCUUUUGCUAUCAGAUUUCGUUCAUUUAUUUGCUUUUAACUACAAGUUUCAUUCGGCUCUGGAUCGCGUGCCAUUAACUUACGGCAAAUAUUAUUGAUUGGUACUAGGAGGAGAGUAAUAGGAAAAGGGAAAAAGUUUUGCUCUUUUAUAGCAUUGGCUUGGAUGCAUUUUGUUUGUGUUAAUGUCCAGCUAAUUUCGAGUUGAGGAAGGUUCUGCCAGGUGUUAACUAUGGUCUCUGCCCCGCCAUCUCCGAGUAAUGAAUUUCCUCGACAGAAAGAAACUCCGUUGGCAAUCAACUAGUGGGUGUAAGCUUGACCGAGAAGAUCCACUGACCUGUCCCGUCCCGUCCCUGAGGGUUGAGACGAGUUAGUUUGUCUAUAGGGUUAGAUUAGGGACGGGUCAUUUGUCGACCCUGUAAGGGUUGAGACGAGUAGGGAUAAAUUAGGGAUGGAUCACUUUUUGAUCCUGUGACCCUUAGCAA